GCCCUUCACUCUAAAGCCACCGCGAUCCUUUUUGUCUUUUUUCGUCCUUUACAGUCUUUGUUUCUCCUUUUUCUCCAUCAUCUUAUAAAUAAAUUUGAAACACCCCCAAUUUUAUCCAUUUUGAAUCAUAAUACUCAUUUUAGAUUUCACAAAAUCUUUCUCCCUCAUUAAACCCUCUUUCUUUUUCUACCAACUCAUUUUCAACUCCCACAAUUCCAACUCCAAAAUUCCAACUCCAAAAUUCCAAUUACCAUCAUCAUCAUCGUUGUUGUGAAAGAUAUUGUCUUUUUCUUUCGAGGGUACAACACAAGACAACAAUCGGUGUCGUGUCAAUUUAGAACCACUGACUUUAAAAACAAUAACCCAAGGCAGCUGGUGUGCUUAAUUGUAUUUGCCGUUUCACAAUUCACAUGAUAAGCGAUUCAAGAAAGUGGACAAGGGCGGAGGAUAAGCUCUUCGAGGAAGCUCUGGUAAUAUUCGCGGAUGAAGAGGCGGCGGAAGAGAGAUGGCGUAAAAUCGCAGGUCACGUUCCGGGUAGGUCGCCGGUAGAGGUUAGAGACCAUUAUGAAGCUCUUAUAUAUGAUGUCGAUGAGAUCGAUUCAGGCCGAGUUCAACUUCCUUGUUACUCAGAUGAAUUUGCCGCUUCUUGGUGGAGUACUGAGUCACAACCAACUCGGUCUAAUCAGAUUUCAUUUGGGUGUGAUGGGAAUAAGCCUAAACAUAAUGAGGUUGAGCGGAAGAAGGGUACUCCUUGGACUGAAGAGGAGCACAGGCUUUUCCUGAUCGGGCUAGAGAAGUAUGGUAAAGGUGAUUGGAGGAGUAUUUCGAGGAAUGUGGUGGUGACGAGAACACCGACUCAAGUGGCUAGCCACGCACAGAAGUAUUACCUUCGCCAAAACUCCGGUAAGAAAGAGAGGAAAAGAUCAAGCAUCCACGACAUUACCACUGUUGAUGAGAAACUUGCUGCACAAUCUGUUCCUGGAGGAAAUACCAUGGAACAUCAUACAGCAUUCCAACAAUUGGGUACGUCACCCCCAUUUAGUACUAAUACUACUCAAGGGGGAACCGCAUUUGGGUAUCAAAAUUUCGGUUUCCCUAUGUAAAUGUUUGCAUGAGCAAGGAGGAGUGGUGGACUGGUGUUGGUGUAAUGGUUGCAGAGGAGGGAGGUGUUAUGUAAUUCAGUUUCACUUUGUACAUAUAAGGGAACUUGGUGUAAUUUGUUGUAGUUUUUGUUUUGAAAGGUUUACUUUUAAAGUGGAUACUGGUGUGGACUCUGGAGUACAUAUGAGGGCAGGGUGUUGGGCGUAUUUUCAAAGUUGUAAUGUUGAUGUAGUGGUUUUUAGGGUAGUGAAAACACAAGUAAAAAUAGACUUUACAUGCUGGAAAAAUCGUAGGAGAUAUAGGUAGAAUGUAAUCUUUACUAAUACAAUAUGAGAUGGAGAUUAAACAUGAUGAAUUCUUAAUUGCUAAAUAUAUACUACAUAUCUGUUUA